AAGAUGGAUCAUAUAAAGAAAAAAAAAAAAAAAAAACUAUUGACAAAAUCAAGUUAUAGGAAGCACAGAAGUUUCAUUGGAGCUCCGCUUCCCGCUUCGGAAUCGGAGUUAAGCACAUAAGCUUCAUUGAAGCUUCGCUUCAACCGUAACAGAACCAAAAUCCACCGAGUAAAAUUUUAAAACUAAUAAACCAAAACUUUCUACCCGAGAAAGAGGGUUUUAAACCUUCUAUUUGUAGUCGUGAGGCUGUCGAAUAAUAAAGUUGACUUUAUCUAAAUUUGAACUAAUGACUUUGGGAGCGAAGACUUUUACAAAAAAAUGUCAUACAAAACAGAAAAGAGAGAGAGCGAUUAAAAUCUUAAGAUCGACGACAAUUCCACUUCCCAUGGCGGUUUCCUCCUUCUCCGACGAAGAAAUCCCGCCGCAGCACCAAGUGUUCAUCAACUACAGAGGAGACGAGCUACGAAAAAGCUUCCUCGGGUUUCUCGUGAAGGCCAUGAGAGACGCGAACAUCAACGUCUUCACAGAUGAGAUCGAAGUCAAAGUGAAGAUGAAGGAACGGAAUGAUCAAGACAAGCUCGUUGUCAUUCCCAUCUUCUAUCGAUUGGAUGCUAAUAACUGUAAAAGACUGGAGGGACCUUUCGGCGAUAAUUUUCGGAAAUUGGAGAGAGAGUAUCGGAGUGAGCCUGAGAGGAUCAAGAAAUGGAAAGAAGCUUUGAUAUAUAUUCCCCAAAAGAUUGGCUUGACUUCGGCAGGACAUAGGUAUUACAAUUCAUUUCGGCUUUUGCAUUUAGGGUUCCGAGAGAAAAACAGUUGUCAGUAG